AUGUUUACAAAUAUAAUACAUUUACGUGGGUCAUUACUGAUCUCGCAACGCGUUCCACGGCGACUUGGUGCGACACCCUUGCGCGUACUCUCUCUUGCGGAUUUUCACACACAGACUUGCCUAACGUCCAAAUCCAAAACUAAAUGCCCGGAGGGAAUACUCUCGAAGGACCCACCCGAAACGACAAAAAAACUUGCACAGCAUGCCUGCUGUAAAUGCAAAUGCUGUGUGGUUCCAACAGCCGAGACCAAGACCGCGAAGAAACACUGGAAGCGCAACAGUGAGCGCAACCCAACGGGACAGUCGAAGCUUUUGAACAACUUUGAAGACAUCAAGCAUACAACACUCUCGGAACGUGGUGCGCUCAAAGAGGCAGCGCGUUGUCUCAAGUGCGCCGAUGCACCUUGUCAGAAAUCUUGUCCGACACAAAUCGACAUAAAAUCUUUCAUCACAAGCAUCGCCAAUAAGAAUUACUAUGGUGCUGCCAAAAUAAUAUUCUCCGACAAUCCGUUGGGUCUUACUUGCGGCAUGGUGUGCUCCACCAGCGACCUCUGUGUUGGUGGCUGCAAUUUGCAAGCUACCGAAGAGGGUCCUAUCAACAUUAGCGGCUUGCAGCAUUUCGCCACCGAACGUUUCAAGGAGAUGGGAGUGCCGCAAAUAGUGCCGCCCAAUGCGCAGAAGUUGAAAGAUCCCAAAAAGAAGAUUGCUCUAAUAGGCGGUGGGCCGGCUUCGCUAUCGUGCGCAACUUACUUGGGUCGUUUGGGUUAUAAAGAUGUGACGAUCUAUGAGAAGAACGCUUUUCUGGGUGGAUUGAGUGCAGCGGAGAUACCGCAAUUUCGUUUACCUGUCGACGCGGUCAAUUUCGAGAUUAAACUCGUAAAGGACUUGGGUGUGAAGUUUGAGUUGAAUCGUUGUUUAUCCACCAAGGACAUAACGGUUGAUGGUUUACUGAAAGGAGGCAAUCAUGCAGUUUUCUUGGGCAUAGGUUUGCCCGAACCAAACAUUGAUCCGGUUUUCUGCGGCUUGGAUGAAUCUAUGGGAUUUUAUACAUCGAAAAGUUUUCUACCCUGCGUGGCAGGCGGCUCCAAACAUGGUAUUAGCAAAGAUAGCAAACUCCCCAAGUUGUCAGGCAAUGUGAUUGUGUUGGGCGCUGGCGACACAGCCUUCGAUUGUGCGUCUGCUGCAUGGCGUUGUGGCGCGGAACGUGUGCUUGUCGUGUUUUUGCAUAGUACAGCGCUUAUACCAGCCUUACCCGAGGAAGUUGAGUUGGCACGCGAAGAGUGGUGUGAAUUGGUGCCGUACUCGAAGGCCAGCAAGGUGAUUUUGGAGGACAAUAAGAUUGUUUCUGUUGAAUUCAUACGCACCGAUAUGGACUUUGAUGGCACUAUUAGAGAGGACAAGGAUCAGAAAACGUAUCUGCCAGCGGACUUUGUCAUAUCUGCCUUUGGCUCUGGGCUGAAUCAGAAAGAAGUAAUUGAUGCCAUGAAACCAGUGAAACUCAACAAAAAUAAUCUACCGAAAGUCGAUCCGAAAACUCUACAAACCAGCGUACCACAAGUGUUUUGUGGUGGUGACUUAGGCGGUAUUGCCAAGACCACCGUAGAAUCAGUGAACGACGGUAAAGUCGCUGCUUGGAGUAUUCAUUGCCAACUCGAAGGUCUACCACUUAACACGCCAGCCGAUUUGCCGCUUUUCUAUACUGAAAUCGAUAACGUAGACUUGUCCGUUGAAGUCUGUUACGAGUAUUUAGAUCGUAAAACUUGCAAGAAAGAGAUGCGCGCACUCAGGUUCCCCAAUCCAUUCGGCUUGUCUUCCGCGCCGCCUACAACAACGGCUGCUAUGUGUCGUCGCGCCUUCGAACAGGGUUGGGGAUUCGUUGUUGUGAAAACAUUUUGUCUCGACAAAGAUAUGGUGACCAAUGUCUCACCACGUAUAGUACGUGGUACGACAUCAGGUUACAACUAUGGACCGAAUCAGGGCGCUUUCCUUAACAUCGAAUUAAUAUCGGAGAAACGUGCCGAUUAUUGGUAUAAGACUAUAGCUGAACUCAAAAAAGAUUUUCCCGAUAAAAUUGUAAUCGCCAGUAUAAUGUGCCCUGAUAGCGAAGCAGACUGGAAGGAUAUGGCGCCUAAGGCAGAGAAGAGCGGUGCCGACGCUAUUGAGCUGAAUCUUUCUUGUCCACAUGGCAUGGGUGAGUCCGGCAUGGGUUUGGCCAUUGGUCAAGUGCCCGAACUGGUUCAAAAAGUUUCGAAAUGGGUCAGCGAAUCUGUUAGUGUACCAGUUUUUGUCAAAUUAACACCGAACAUCACCGAAAUAGUAGAUAUCGCAACUGCUGUUAAGCGUGGUGGAGCUGCUGGCGUAACCGUUAUAAAUACCGUACAGACGUUGAUGCUUCUAAAAGCCGACGGCACUGCAUGGCCGGCUGUGGGCGAUGAGAAACGCACCACAUAUGGUGGCAUGUCGGGGAACGCAACACGCCCGAUGGCGUUGAGAGCGAUCUCGGCUAUCGGUAAUAAAGUACCAGGGCUAGCCAUACUUGGCUGUGGCGGUGUGGAUUCUGGUGAUGCAGCAUUACAGUUUCUACAUGCUGGCGCCUCAGCUCUUCAAGUAUGUUCGGCCGUGCAGAAUCAGGAUUAUACUGUAGUACAGGAUUUUAAGAGUAGUUUACAAACUUUGUUGUAUUUAAAAGCGAAUCCACCGCCAAAAAAUCCCGAGCUAUGGGACGGUCAAUCAGCGCCAACUCCUUUACAUCAGAAGGGUAAGCCUGUUGUGCAUCUCUCAGCCGAAGGCAACAAAGAUAAGACGUUGGGCUUCUUCGGUCCAUAUAAGCAACAGCGAGAAGAAAAACUCUUUAAGGAACGCAAAGAGAAGGGUCCACUGUCAAAGGAUAAAGCUACGGUAGCUGACAAAAAGAAGUCUGGCGGUGGUAAACCGAAACCCGCGGUGUAUGUAAACGAUGUGAUUGGCAAAGCGCUCAGUCGCAUUGGCACUUUUAAGGAGCUGGACACCAAGCAGCAGAAAGUGGCUCUUAUUAACCCUGACCUAUGUGUAAAUUGCGGUAAAUGCUACCUCACAUGCAAUGACUCUGGCUACCAGGCUAUAGAAUUCGACGCCAAAACGCAUAUUCCACUGAUCGGUGAUGACUGCACCGGUUGUACCCUUUGCGUGUCUGUAUGCCCCAUCAUCGAUUGCAUCACAAUGGUUCCUAAGAAAAUACCCCACGUCAUAAAGCGCGGCUGUGGGGAGAACACAGUAAUUGAGGUUCCCAAAAAAUAAAAUCAAUUUUAUCCAAUCAACUUUUUUUCAAUUAGC